UAAUGACGGUAAAAUGGCCUCCAGCGGACUCACGAUUUUAACCUUAUUUUUAUGCUGUGCAGCAAUCGAUGUCGCUUCAGGACUAGAAGUCAAAAUUGAGCCAAAUGUUAUGGAAAUAAAGAAUUAUGUUGGUGAUGAUCUUAUCCUGAGCUGCCAUGUGAAGAAAAGCAAAGAAGAGCAGGAUAAAUUCUCUCUCAGCUGGCAGGUUCCUUUUGAUAAGAAUGUGCGUGUAAAUAUUAGUGAUAUUUUGGGAACAUUAAUACUAUCGGUUCAAGAUCUACAUGAGACAGACCGGGGCAAUUACACAUGUACUCUUAUGAGUGAACAUGAUCCACCACUGAGAACAUCAGUGAAUGUUGUUGUGUUGCCAAGAGGCAGAGUUGGAUAUUGCUCCCAUGACUCCUUUCGCUGUUUGAAUGGAGAGUGUAUUUCUUCACGCUAUAAGUGUGAUGGUCAUGCUGACUGCACAGAUGCCUCCGAUGAACUGCAAGCAGACCAGUGUGGUUAGUUAAUUGAACUAUUAUCUUGCUCUUUUCACUUGUGGAUAUGGUAGUAAAACCCACAAUGCACAAACUAGAUUUUUUGAAGAAAGUGAGACAACAGUUUC